AUGUUUCAGGCGAUCCCGAAAGUGAAUUACGAACGCAACUCCUCUUCGCUAAGACGUCUGGACCCGUUCCUCAACCGGCAGAGCGAAGACUGCCUCAACCUGAACAUCUACGCCCCCAGUUCAGCCGUAAAAAAGAUCAUUCCUUUUCCUGGAGGACUAUCUUGGGAGAGGGGAGGGGGGGAGAAAGAGGUUCUGUUACCUUCAGAAGGAGCCGAUUGCACAAUUCCACUUGGAUCCUGCGCCGCAUUGCUAUCUAAUCUGGAUCAGGAGGAGCUUACGGCCAGUGCUGAAGAGAACGAAGAUUACACGUGUUGA